AUGGAGAAGGUGCAGCUCGCCCGUGCUGCCCGCGCCGAAGCCGAGGGUGCUGCUGCUGCCCGACUCCAACCGCAGGAGACGCAACAGCAGCAGCAGCAGCGCCAGCGCUCCCACUCACAAUCCCAGUCGCCCUCACCGCCGACAACGACGGCGACACCGGCGACACCGACACCGCGGGUGCAGCGCAGCCACAUUGACCUCCGCCACCAGGCCUCGGCCUCGUCGUCGUCGCGCCCGCAGACGCCCCCGCCGUACUCGGGCCCGUCCGACCCGUCCUCGGCCGCCGCCCUCGACGCCAGCGCCGACGACAGCUACCCGCACAGCGGCGCGGCGUCGGGAAAGGGCUUCCCGCGGUACCCGGGCCUGCCCCGCAUCGACUACCGCAUCUACUCGCCGCCGCUCUUCAAGCUCUCGUCGGACCUGACCACGCUCACGUCCAAGGCCGAGUACCUCUCGAGCAACGCCGCCGCCCUCGUCACCCUCGUCCGCACCCAGGCCCAGGUGCCGCCCAAGCCGUACAUUGUCAUCAAGGGCACCCGCGGCCGCAAGGUCGACUUUGAGGUCAAGCUCAACCUCAUGGCCCUGCUCAUCCCCGAGGACGGCCGCGCCCGCAUGGACUACAUCCGCUGCGUCGGCCACGACGAGGUCGCCUACCGCGGCGGCGCCCGCCCCGACGUCCUCCCCGAGGUCGGCGAGGGCGGCCUCGACGAGUGGUGCCGCCGCUUCGUCGAGGACCCGGCCGGCAUCAAGACGUUUACCCUCGAGCGCGUCGUCGCCAACCUCGACGUCGGCUGGAUCGACGGCCAGAUGCGCAGCCUCAUCGCCUCCCUCAAGUACAAGGGCAACGUCGACGUCACCUUUGUCGUCACCCACAGCAAAAUCACCGUCCAGAACCCCGACAAGGUCAACCAGUUCUUCACCUCGGUCACCAGCCUCUUCGCCGGCAAGAACAAGUACGAGGUCGUCAAGUCCGUCUGGCCCUUUGCCUCGUCCCGCCCCGGCGAGGCCGGCCGCCGCUGCGCCGUCCAGACCGAGGAGACUUGGUGGCGCGAAUGGCGCGGCCCCAUCGGCUACGCCAUUGCCCAGAAGCGCCAGGGCUGGGUCACGGUCGAGGACAAGCUCGAGGCCGUCAUGGAGGGCAAGGGCAGCAACAUGGCCCCUGUCGACUGGGGUCCCGAGUUUCACGCGUAG